GUGUCAAUUCUUAAAUUCAAAUUUGGAGCAGAUAAUGUAGGCCUACUAUUCGACGUCAGAUUGUGGGAGUAAAAAAAAUGCAAGGAAGUGGGAAGGAGGGAUCUGUGGCGUGGAGGGUUGUAUUGGUUUGUAGGACGCCUCAACUACUGUAAAAACGAAGGUUUAUUUUUCAAGCCUGUCAUUACAACCAAAUAUGAGGGUAAGAAUUUAGCACUGUCGCCGAUUGAGAUGACUAGAGUCUGAGUUUGGACAUUUUUCGCACUUCAAAAUUGCACACAUAGGUGUCAACAUCUGUGGGCAGGUAGGAAAGUAGCUUUAAAUCCGGAAGAACUCGCAAUACAGGUUGGCUGUAUACGUUUUACUCAGCGGACUCAAUGGCAACACUCGUAAACUAAGUUUCCAAACACGUGUCUGAUCAACUGGCAGCCUCUAUCAAUAGAAUAAAAUGAUGGAUUUGAGAAAAAAGAAGAUGUAUGUCUUGGUGGACGUGAUGUGCGUGGCAGUAGAUUUUAUAGGGCCCCAGAGAGGAGAGCGCAGAAUGGGUAAUGCUGUUGGGACCUGCUCCAGAGCAGCAUCCCCAGGCUUUCAGGAUAUCAUCCAUCCCACCAUGGGAUUUCUCCAGAAGUGAGAACAUCAGACCGACUGCUACGUAGAGUCUCGCUGGCUCACCAAUCCUCCUAAAGCCCACCAUGUCACAAGCCUUGGCUUAAAAUCUCUAGGUCAAAUUUAGAGGACCCACCUCACCCCAUGCACCCUCCAAAGAAAGGAGAACCGCUCUGCCCUUCCUCAUCAUGACUGUUGUGUUCCGGCCCUACCUGAGGGGUGUGUACUGUGACGAUGAGGACAUCAAGUACCCCCUCAAACCUGACACCAUCACCCACGGCUUGCUGGCUGCAGUCACCAUCUCCUGCACUGUCAUCAUUAUAUCAUCAGGAGAGGCCUACCUUGUCUACAGUAAGAGGAUCCACUCUAACUCUGAGUUCAACGGGUACGUGGCGGCACUCUACAAGGUGCUGGGUACCUUUCUGUUUGGGGCAGCUGUCAGCCAAUCACUGACGGACCUGGCCAAGUUCUCCAUCGGACGCCCUCGGCCCAACUUCAUGGCCGUCUGCAACCCCAAGGUCUGCAAAGGCUACGUGCUGGAUAUCAACUGCACCGGCAAUCCUCGGCACGUCACUGAGUCCAGGCUGUCCUUCUACUCUGGCCACUCCUCCUUUGGGAUGUACUGUAUGCUGUUUCUAGCAUUGUAUGUCCAGGCGAGACUGAGGGCUAAGUGGGCAAGACUCCUCCGGCCCACAAUCCAGUUCUUCCUUGUGGCCUUUGCGGUGUACGUGGGCUACACCCGCGUGUCUGAUUACAAGCACCACUGGAGCGACGUUCUGGUGGGCUUCCUCCAAGGCGCUCUCAUCGCCAUCCUCAACGUGCGCUACGUAUCAGACUUCUUCAAGCAGCGUCCUCCCCGCUGCUCCAGCCAAGAGACGGCUGAGAGCGAGGAACUGGAGCGCAAACCCAGCCUGCAGAUGGCCGAUGCAGAGCACAACAACCAUUACAGCUACCCAGGGCCUGUGUGAGAGGGGCCAACCCAGGGGCCCCCAGACUAUGUCAACCACUCUCACCACAAACUCCCACAAACCACUGGGCUGAGUGAAGGGGCUGCACACAAUACCAGAACCCUCUAUGGCCUGAGUGCACCAGCCCCUUUCCGAAGACAUGUCUCCCUCUCCCCACGAAUGGGAGAGGACUUUUUUUUUAAUCAUGAAUGUUUAUCAUGGUUGAUGUUCACAAACAUUUUUUUGUAUGUUUUUUUUUUUAACUUUAUUUUACACAAUAGAUUAGGAGAGAGUACCAAACAUUCACAUUAGAAAGAAAGAGACUGUUCUCUGAGGAGAUUAGUUUUAGUGCACCUUAGUCGGAGGAGUAAUCUGAACUUCAGUGGAAGUUUGGGAUUGAUAUGUUGAAUGUUUCACCUAUGUGACAUGGAGUGCAGAGAGUUAGAAAUGUUGUUGAUUGUGUAAGCUUUCCUUGGAUGUUCCAGAGUGAUAUACCACUAGAUCACAAACAAUCACUGCAAAAAUUUGCCAUAAAGAUUUUAGCUUUUCAGUUUUUAGCUAUGCCAUUCUGGCUUCCCUAUUUUUUAUAUAGAAAUGUUUUAACAGUAACAUUGCUCCUUCGGUUUGAAUUGAAGGUAUUUGGAAGGGCCUUCUCAUUUAUUUUCUAUUAUAAACUGGGUGGUUCGAGCCCUGAAUGAUAUCAUAUAUCAGACCAUAUACAAUGGGUAUGACAAAACCUUUAUUUGUACUGCUCUAAUUAUGUUGGUAACCAGAUUAUAAUAGCAAUAAGGCACCUCUGGGGUUUGUGGUAUAUGGCCACUAUAUCACGGCUAACGGCUGUAUCCAGGCACGCUGCGUUGCAUAGUGCAUCAGAACAGCCCUUAGCCGUGGAAUAUUGGCCGUAUACCACAUCCCCUCGUGCCUUAUUGAUUAAUUAUAGAUUACUUUAUUCUCACGGUUGGAAAUGUCUAUUAUACCAGCGCUGUUCAGCUAUUUUGCAAUCACGAUCACCCCUGUUAGCCACUAUGAGCCACAAAUACUGUAUCUUCUAAUAUUGUGAAAUUUUUCAUACUGCAUGGAGAAUGCGUGUAAAUAUGCAUGUAAGUACGUUGUUUUUUUCUCACAUGUACAUGUUCUCUGGCCCAUAUCAAACCAGUUCCUACCUGGACUAGUGCCCUUUAAGAUUGCCACAAAUGGAUCAGAUUCCAAGUUCACAACGCAAACCAGAUGCCUUAACAUGAGCCUUUAAGGGUUGUAAAGAUACAUCUUACCAUUCGAGUCAUUUGUUGCAAGCUGUUAAUACUGUUCUGUGCAAAGUUCAAAGAUUGGACUGGACUGAUUGAGCUCAUUUGUGAAGAAGUGCUCCUGUACACUGACUGUCCGGCCUGGCCCUGCUUGGCCCAGGAGGACUGACGACAUAUCAGUCAGCUGGUAGUGAUUGUGAGGCUCAGAGAGCUGACUGAGAAGUGACCUGUGACUGUGGAAUGGCAAGGGCCUCCUGCGGAGACCUGGUCCCUACGGACUUCCAGACUUUUAAAAACUGCUUUGAAUUCCAGAAAUGAGAACCACCUGGACCAGCUUCAGUGAAGUGUUGUUGUUGUGUAUUACUGAAUCCCCAGACCAAAUUUACCCAUGAAACAAUAGUAUGAAAAUGUAAUGGUGUUUGAGUCACCUCCAGGUUUCCAUCAUAAAAGGCACUCGGUUAGCCUUGUUCUGGGUGGUGUGUGUUUCAUUUGUAAUCAAACUAUUUCCAUUAGGAUUGGUGCCUUCGAAUAGGUCCUGGUUGGCCAUUCUUUGUAUGUCGAACAUGAUGCUGUUCUGUACAUUCAUCUAGCCAUAGCUGUUUAUGUAUACACAAAAGGACUCUAAAUAAAUACCAAAUAUACAUGAA